AUACCCUUUUUUCUCGAUCAAAUUCCCAAAACCGUUUGUGAAUUUCUUCUCUGGCCAAAAAGACAAUGAAAUCUUGGGACUGUGAGAGAGAUGUAUAUAGAAGAAGCCAAAUGUCUCCCAGAGACUCAUGAGAGAGGGAGAAAGAGAGGCAGACCGAAACAAAAACAUAUCGAAUAAGCAACCCAUCCCCGUCAAACCUUGUUUUUCACUCUUCCAUCCCUUCUCCACCCAAAUCACCCCCUAACUCUCUCUCUCUCUCGGUGGUGUUGGAGCUGGACCAUUCAAUGGAAAACACCUCAGAACUCCAAGAAAGAGAGAACCCAUCUUCCAUAAACUCCCCAACCAGCAAUGUCAUCAACGGUGUGAGCAGCAGCAACAGCAAUGGCCUCCAAAAUCCCACCCCACCUCUUACACCAAAAGCCAUCCCUAGAUCUGACUCCAACCCCUACCCGACAACUUUUAUCCAAGCAGACACCUCCACCUUCAAACAAGUAGUCCAGAUGCUCACUGGCUCACCGGAGACAGCCAAACCGUCGUCAAAGCCGAACCAAGAUCCCUCACAAGCCCCAUCCAAGAACCAUAGCAUACCUCCCAUCAGGACUGCACAAAAGAAGCAACAAGGGUUCAAGCUCUACGAGAGGAGGAACAACCUGAAGAACAGCCUCAUGAUCAACACUUUGAUGCCUAACUUUUCUCACAAUCCCGGAUUCUCGCCGCGCAAGCCGGAGAUCCUCUCGCCAAGCCUGCUUGACUUUCCUUCACUUGCUCUUAGCCCUGUUACCCCAUUGAAUGGGGAAGACCCGUUUGAUAAAUCCUCCUCGCCUUCGCUGGGGAGCUCGUCAGAGGAGGAGAAGGCCAUCGCAGAGAAAAAGUUUUACUUGCAUCCAUCGCCGAUGACGACGCCGAGAGACUCCGAGCCACAGCUUUUGCCUUUGUUUCCAGUGAGCUCGCCAAGAGUUUCAGGGUCUUCUUCCUGAUCAAGAGAGGUCUUGUAAAAGGGUACUGUUACGGUUUGAAAGGAGGAUUCACGGUGGGUUUUGGAUGGUUCUCAACGACAAGUAGACAUCUUGCUUUUAAUUGUACAAUUUUAUCCGUCUUCCUCAUAGCUAGAAUGGUAAAGGUCUUUGUUUUUUCUUUUGAUCUUUUUGAUAUUUUCAUGGUAAUAUUAUCACUAUUAGGAGCCAUCAAGAUUCGAUAGAUUUUGUUCA